UGUCAAACGCGCGGAAUCGCAAAAGCUGGACGUCAUGAGCGCAUUGUUUUCGUGUUUGAUUGAGAAAAACGUGGAUCAUCUGAAAAACGGAAUAAAUCAUUAGGUUUUGUUCUUUUUUAUCGCAAAAUCGUUGAAAUUUGUUAUAAAGUGUUCGCGAUUCGUAAUCAUAAAUGAGUAAGGAAGAGGAAGCCCCAGCAAGACUGACCCGCGGAGCGCUCCGACGGAUGUCGGUAGACCAGGAACCGACAUCUGCUCCCGGAACACCAAAGAAAACUGCUGCCACGUCUAAGAAGCUGACCGUGCUCGAUGCCAUUAAGGAAGGAAGCAAUGGACCAUCCGAUGCCGAGGUUGACCAGUCCACAUCCCGUACUCCAAAGGCCAAGAAAGAUACAUCUUCGGUAGGAAACCGGUCGCUCAGGACUGAAAAGAAAUCUCAGUUGAAUAGUACCGGCAUUGCUGAUUUGACGGUGGAUAACUUGGAAGCAUUUGAUAAUCAACAGAGUUUGCUUCCUUUUCCAAAGCGACGACCAUCGCAGGAUCAAACGCUGACGCCGCAGACUUUACCGAAGCGUGUAACUCGACGGAAUAGUGUAACCUCGGAGGAUGGCAACCUGGUAACAGCAACUCCUAAGGCAUCCAGAACCCGGCACAGCAUUGCGGCACCGGCCGUCAUAUUGGAGGACGAUGAAAAAGAAGAGCAAGUUAAUGUCUCCACGGCUGAAGCUGAUUUAUCCGAUCUGGAUAUUAGGAAACUUCGCAACAGAUCUAUUUCCAAUUCUCCUGUCAUGCGGGUGACCCCAUCCAGUCGGAACACAUCGGUAACAUCUCUCAAAGACGAAGAAGUUAGCAACAGCCCCACAAAGGAAACUUGUACGAACGCGUCGAUAACAUCCCUCAGAGACGAAGGAAAUAUCAACAGCCCUAGCAAGGAAACUUGUGUGGCUGCUGUCGUUGAACCAAAGCAACCAGAAAACGAUGAAGUGACAGAAAAACCAUCGAACGUGGAUGUGGAGACUGUCACUUUAGAGGAAAGUAACAUCGUGGCAGACGUGAGCAGUAUGAUUGCCAAAAGCCCUCAACGGUUGCAUAAGGAUGUGAAGUUUGACGAGGGUACACCGGAGCAGCUUAAUAAGACCAAAUAUCCGAAGACACCGAUUGCUGCAUCCGGAGAGAAGAAGCGCAAGCUGAGCGAGAAAAACAAUGAUUCGUUGGCAACCGUUUCGGAUAUAAUCAUCGUCGAUGAGACCAUCAAGGAUUCGCCUCAGCUAGCCGACCAGCAAACUGAGGAGCCGAAAACCCCCACAAAGUUGAAUGAAACGCCCAAGGAAACCAUCGAAGAUAAAGUGGAAGAUAUGAAAACGGAACAGGUAUCUCUCGACAAAUCUAUCGACGCUUCACUAGUCAACAUCGUUGAGGAAGUUUGCGAAAACAUAAGCAAGGCGGACGAGUCAAUGUCGGUUCUGGACACCCCCAAACCCAAGUCACAAUUUACCCAUCUUCGUGAAAAUGCUUCCUCGACGCCGAUCACAACAAAACGCCCCCCGUUGAAUGAGAUCCCAGAAGAAGAGCAGAAGCAAGAAACAUCUACCUCUGAAUCGUGGAGCCAAGCCGUGAAAGGUUCUGGGAAGGAUAAGGGUAUCGAUGUGUUUAGUGUUAGAAAGCAGGAGGAAGAGGAAAAGCAAGAGGAAGAGACACAUAAGUUGAAUGAGUCGUUGAAGAGGAAGUCACUGGAGAUGAAGUUUGAUUCUGCGGAGGCAAAAACAGAUGAAGAAAGUGAAGAUGACGAAGAGGAAAUCAAUGUUUCACAGAAGAGAAGUAGUUAUGUGGAUGAUGAAGCUAUGGAAGUGGAAGAUUAUGAGUCGGGUGACUCGAUGGACAGUGAAACAAGGGAGGAAAUUGAAAAUAAUAAGAUUGAAGAACAUGGAGAAACCAUCGGAAGUCAGGAUACGGAUUCAGAGAAUGAUGGUGAAGACGGUGAGGAUGAAGACUCUUGGAUUGCUUCUGAUGCGGAGGAGGACGAUGAGUUACUGGAAGGCACUGGUGACGAUCUGGACUUAGAAGUCACAAAUAACAAACAUAAGGGUAAUAAAAAGCGAAAACGAAUAAUCCAACAGUUGGACUCAAGUGAAGAUGAAGAUGAAAAGAUAAAAAAUCAAAUGGAAAAAACGAUUACCAAGCUGGACGAAACCAGUGCAUCACAAGACAGAUCUCCGAAGAAGAAUGAUUCGCUAAAGUGUUUGGACAGUUCAAAAAAUGAUUCACUGAAAAAGAGUCCGGCGUCACCGCGUAAAUCUGUUGGAGCAAAAGAUUCCAAGCUAAGCCAAUCGCGUGAAGAAGUAAGUGUGGAUAAAUCUGAGCAUUCCGAAUCAGUCGAAUCGGCUAGUUCACCAAUAGCGAAGGAAAGUCCUGCAAAGUAUCAAGACUCACCUAAAUCCGUAAAGAAAUCUCCCUCUAUUGUCUCACCGGAUGUAUCAGAACUAAUCAAAUCUCCGAAGAAGACCCCUUCGAGAGCAUCGCUAGUUGCUGAGCCAUCAGAUCCUAAAAGUGCUUUGAAACAUUCUUCAAUCGUGGAAGCUAAUGAUGUUUCGGACCCAACUAAUCCACGCAAAUCCCUCUCAGCACCGGUUCUCAUUUCGGCCGAUUUCUACUCGUCUUCGGCGAAGAAACGUAACACUGUCAAUGCUACCGUGCCCAAUGGGGAAGGUGUGGAGGAACCGGUCCAAGAAAAGCCGGAACAAACGAACCGACAAGACAGGCUGAGCAACUUGGUCACCAAUCCAGCAGCGUUGGCUCUUGCUAAGAAAAACAAACGACUUUCGCAGGGGUUGUCCCCUGUGGUCAGCAAACAGGAUAAACGUGCCUCCCUGCCGGGUGUAUUCCCGGUCGACAAGGAAGUAGACAGUCCUCUUAAAAGAAAGGCAGACAACAAGAUUGAAGAAACCGAACAGGAAGAUGCCGUUGAGCCGAUGGAAGUGGAUGACGAAGAGGAGAAUGAAGAGGAGAAGGUAGUUGAACCGUCUCCCAAAAAGUCGCCAGUGGUAAAGAAAAUACCGAAGGAUUUAAGCGAGUUUAACACGGACGCUAUUUUGUCGCGUUGUAACGAAAUCGUUCGGGCUGAUAAGGAAAAGCGGAAGGAAGGUGCUACGCUGCGGCAGAAGAAGAAGGACGAAAGACGCCGCAAACGGGAACAGGAGCAGCCAGAUGAAACAGCUGAGGGCGAAACAGAUGAAUCGCCAGAACAGAAGAAGAAAAAGAAAAAGAAGAAGAAAGUUGUGAAUUAUCUACUGGAAGAAUUGGGCGAAUCCAAGCAGGACCAAGUAGCUCGUGCCCUGCAGCGUAAGCUGGCUUUGGUGGAGGUUAAACGGAAACGCAAGAAGAUGAAGAGAGCGGCCAAACUGCGACAACAACUCAACAAGGAAAACCAACUGGAAGAAACAUCGGUCGAAGGAAUCGCCGCUAAGUUAGAAAAGAAGGCCAAGAAGGCUAAGAAGGCAGAAAAUCCUGUGGAAAAUUUGGGUCUGGUGGACCAGCAACCGGUGGUGAAACGAGCCAUCUCCGCAUUCGCCAUGUACAGCGAGCAGAUCCAAGACCUCAAGAAGGCCCAGUUGAAAAAGAAGAAACCGAAGAGCAAGCAACUGAAAGACAAAAAUCAACAACCAUCAGCAGCAGAAGAAGUGCAGGCAGCUCUUCGGAUCAAAUCUGACUCAACGGUGAAGGAAGAAAAAUCCUCUAAACACAAGCAUUCGAAGGAAAAUUCAACUGACGAAAUACCAUCGCUGGGAGAGCAUUCCAUGGCAGGUAAGAAAAAGAAUGUUUCUGAAAAAGAGGAUACCGCACCUGAGGAUGAUUUUGUCACGGAGAAACGUAAGAAAAGGCCCAAAUCGACAUCAGUCGAUCCGAUUAAGGUGGUCGUAUCCGAUGUACCAUCGUUGGGAGAGCAUUCCAAGCGUGAUAAGAAAAAGAACGUUUUUGAAAAUGAGGAUGGCGCUCCUGAGGAACAUAUUGUGAAGGAAAAACAUAAGAAAAAGCACAAAUCGACAUCAGUCGAUCCGAUUGAGGCGGUCGUAUCCGAAGUAUCAUCGUUGGGAGAACAUUCCAAGCGAGAUAAGAAAAAGAAUGUUUCUGAAAAUGAGGAUGGCACACCAGGGGAACAACUUGUCAAAGAGAAACAUAAGAAAAAGCACAAAUCGGUAUCGGUCGAUCCGAUUGAGGCGAUCGUAUCCGAAAAGAACAAACUGCAGCAAGUGAACACUGCCCCACUGAAGUCGGUGGUGUCGCUCGACGACGAACUGGCCCAGUUAAAAAUGACUCUUAGCGACCCGAUCACCAGAGUAGUCAAGAAGCAAAAAUUAUCCCGCAAAGAAUCCAGCACUGCAACCGCUACGGUACGGGAAGUAACUCCACCACGCAAGACGACGGGUAAAUUGAAGGCACUCAGUCGGUUGGAAUCUGGUUUCCUAGAAGAACCUGUGACACCGGAUCACAAACUUUUGAAGCGCAAUUACGGCUUCCAAGAGGAACCCGUCACUCCGAAGGCUAUCCACUUCAAAGUUUCCAGUGUGCUGCCUGCUGGACAGGAAGCACUCAAACAGGAGGCAGAUGCAGCCAAGAAAAGGAAAAUCUCACACCCGAACUCGAAUCGCAUUCGGCCGGAGGAUGUGAAAGAACCAGUGAAAGGGCUUCCCUUGCCCAUCUGGACCAAAUCGGGAGCGUUUGCAGUCGAGGAGCUAGCGACGAAUAAAUCAAACAAGUCGUCCAAGAAGGCGACCGAUAGAGGAGAUUACGUUCCAUUGAGUGUCAACGGUGCGGGUAGCAGUUCGACCGAAUUCUUGGUGAAACCCCUCGGUGGCAAGGGCAAGCGAGAGGACAAAACGAGCAGCGGCAUGGUGAAGGCUCAUCGGAUCGAUUCGGCGACUCUGGACGACGCGGUUGUCAAUUUCAAAAAACAGGCCAUUUUCGGUAAGAGUUCUCAUUUGAGGGAAAAGAAGCCGAAACUUUGAAGCGGUGUCUUUUGUUUUGCCGUUUACUGAAUGUUCUGUUUCUUUUCUAUUGAUUUAACAAAGUUCUUUUUAGCUUGUUUUAAGGAAUUUAUAAAAUGUAAUUGUUUAUACACUUUACAAUACAAAA